CAGAUUUUCCCUGCUAGCCAGGAUCGACUGCGACUCAGGAAACGGGGAAGGAUCCUUGCGCGCUUCUAUCGCUCUCUUUUUUGGCAAUUUCUCGCUGCUCUUCCCUGCCGUACCUCAACAGCAUUAAAAAGCAAAGCAGGAAAAGAAGAGAGAAAUGAAAAUAACCAUAAGUUUCUUCAAUUCUUUGAGAUACUACUUUCUAAUCAUUGCCAUUCUACACCGAGUUGGGUCUCUCGACCCAGUCUCUGCAGUCUGCGAGCUUAGUUUCGUUGUUAGAGACAAGGUUUAUAGCUUCAACUUGGUUUCUCCGCUCCCGAAUUUCCCUCACGGUGUCCUGAGCGAAGAUGGGUUUUAUAAGGCAGCAGUGAACGAGACUGUGCUCUGGUUUCAGCUCUGUGAUGGAAUGAUUUUUAAUCAUGACCCCCCUAGAUGUGUUGAAUGCCUGGACUGCGGGGGGGCAUCGCGUUGUGGCAUGGAAUGCAGUGCUCUCAUGGCAAGGAAUAUUGAAGGCUAUGAUGUAUGCACCACUAUUGGAAAAGUCACUAGCACUAGCACUAACAUUAUUGAUAAUCAAAAUCCCCACAAGGGUGUGAUUGUUAAGAUGACAAGCAGUGGAUCAAAGCAUAAUUGUUCACUCUCUGUCUCUGUCAUCUGUGAUUCAAAUAGAGUUCAUGGGCCACACUCAUUGGAGAAACUAGGGACCUGUGAUUAUGCCGCAGUGCUACAGCACCCUUCUGGUUGUGCCACAAUCAAUGGUCAUGGAAAAGGAUGGGGCUGGUUUGGUACCUUGAUGAUCAUUGUCUUUUGUCUUUUUGGAGGUUAUUUAUUGGCGGGUGCAGUUUAUCGACAUUUCUACAUUGGAGUUCAUGGGUUAGAUAUGAUUCCAAACUUGGAUUUCUGGACCAGGCUACCUCACAGAACACAGAGUUUUUUUGCAUCUUUGGUACGGAGAUUUAGAGGACCUACAGAAGGUUAUCGAAGCUCCUAUUCUCCUGUCAACUUUUGAAGAUCUGGGACUUGAUUUGCGAUUUUUUGGUGAUGAGGCUCCAAUUUCUGUAUGAACCUCAUGCAAGUAAAUCCGACCAUGCUGAUGGUUCCAUUUUAGAAAAGCUGCUGGUAGUCAAGUCUGAAGUGUAUGCUUGAAGCAGGGUUUGAAAAUCCUUUUGCACAACCAUCCUGUUCACGAUUACACCACAAUAUCCAGGUUUCAUAUUUCCUCUUUUUUUUUUCAUUGAUGAUAUUCAAUAGAUUGUAAUCUCUUUGACAUGACAAUAUCAAGUAUUAUCAUUCAUUUUCUUUUA